AUGUCUGACCAUCCUGUAGGCAUGGCUCACUUGAGAGAAUUUGCCAGCCAGCACUCCAGGGUGGAUCCUGAGGAGCUGUUCACCAAGCUGGAGCGGAUCGGCAAAGGAUCGUUUGGUGAAGUGUAUAAAGGGAUCGACAACCGCACCAAGGAGGUGGUUGCUAUCAAGAUCAUUGAUCUGGAGGAGGCUGAGGAUGAAAUUGAGGAUUUUUUUUUGCUCAGCCAGUGUGAUAGUCCCUACAUCACUCGGUACUACGGCUCCUACUUGAAGGGCACUAAGCUGUGGAUAAUCAUGGAGUACCUAGGAGGAGGUUCAGCCCUGGAUUUGCUGAAGCCGGGACCCCUGGAGGAGACUUACAUAGCUACUAUCCUGAGGGAAAUCCUAAAGGGUUUGGAUUAUCUGCACUCCGAGAGGAAGAUCCACAGGGACAUCAAAGCUGCCAACGUGCUACUGUCGGAGCAAGGAGAUGUGAAACUGGCUGACUUUGGCGUGGCUGGACAGUUGACAGACACACAAAUCAAGAGAAACACCUUUGUCGGGACUCCAUUCUGGAUGGCACCAGAGGUCAUCAAACAGUCUGCUUAUGACUUCAAGGCAGACAUCUGGUCCCUUGGAAUUACAGCCAUUGAACUAGCAAAGGGAGAGCCUCCAAAUUCUGACUUGCAUCCCAUGAGGGUUCUCUUCCUGAUCCCCAAAAAUAACCCUCCAACACUUGAGGGUCACCACAGCAAGCCCUUCAAGGAGUUUGUGGAAGCCUGCCUCAAUAAGGAUCCUAGAUUUAGGCCGACAGCUAAAGAAUUGCUAAAGCACAAGUUCAUCACACGCUACACCAAGAAAACCUCAUUCCUAAUGGAGCUGAUAGAUCGAUUCAAGCGCUGGAAGUCGGAGGGCCAUGGAGAAGAUUCCAGUUCUGGUGAUUCUGAUAUUGAUGGAGACACAGAGGAUGGAGACCAGGGUCCGAUCUGGACAUUCCCACCAACUAUUCGCCCCAACUCCUUGAGCAAGUUGCACAAAGGAAUGGCUCUUCACAGUUCUCAGAAGCCUACCGAGCCCAUCAAGAGGCAACCACGGUCACAGUGUCUCUCCACGCUUGUUCACCCAGUUUUUGGGGAGCUUAAAGAUAAGCACAAGCAGACUGGAGGCAAUGUGGGAGCUAUGGAAGAGCUGGAGAAUGCCUUUAGCUUGGCUGAGGAGUCCUGCCCAGGCAUCUCUGACAAACUGAUAGCACACAUGGUGGAGCGGGUACAAAGGUUUUCACACAGUCGGAACCACCUGAGCUCUGCCCGCUGACACCUCCGUUCCCUGCUGCUGUUUUGAGGGGGGAAGGAUUUUUUUCCAGCUUCAUAAGAACUACAUCUCUAAUCCAGACCACCAUCUGCUGUUGGAUGUAACAUUGUGUUAUGGACUCCAGGACAUUUCAGAGCCUUCAUAUUACACGUGUUUCCAUGAUAACCCAAGGUGGGGUUUGCAAUGCAAGUACAAUUUAGACCUUUUGCAGAACCCGAGAUGGGUGGUCUAAUUGUUUUUACAAUGUAAUCAAUGCAGUUUUUAAUUGUUUCCCUAUGGAUGUAUCCAUUUUGGCUUGGUUUGAUUCACAGCUUGUUACUGGUAAAUGCCCGACUGCUGGAAAAGAGGGAGAUACUCUUCCAUUGAGCUCUGUUUCAAAGGCGAGUCUGAUGGGUUUAGCCUCCUGCCUUUCCUAAAGAAGUGUUUGUGAGCAGUAAUGCGUGAGUGCAGGUAUGUUUGGAAGCUCUGUCCAUGCAUUAUGACCUCUGGGAAAGUUAGAGCAGCUCCCCAGUUGUUCUGGAGGAUUGCUUCAACUCCUUCACACGCUAGUAAGGAAAAGCUUUCAAGUGUAGCAGCAGCUGAGCUAAUACGCUGCUGCUCUUUCCCAGCUCGUCGUUUCACCGGAGGAUGGGUUUGCUGACUGUACUUUUUUUUGGCUCUGGGACGUCAUUUUGUAUUAGGCUUUGGUUCAUCUGGUUCAAGCAACAGCAGAACUUGCCUUGGAUCUCCAAGGACUGGAAGGCAACGUGGUUACGUUUGGCUUGGGAGCUGGUGGAGUUCCUUUCCUUGGUGCUUUCCGCAACUGGAGACGCAGGUUUGGCAGUCCU